UGGAAUUACUGUAAGUAUUAUUUAACCACGGAAAUUGAAAUUGUUAAAAUUGUAAAUACCAUUAUUUUAGAGUUAGGACCACAUUUUAUGAAAACGUUAAUUGUCUAUUUAUACAUAUUAACAUUCAUUAUACUUAAUAGUUAUUAAGGAUUAAAAAUCCACAGUCUGUGCAGAUACAUUUACAAAAGAAAAUAUUAUCGCUGUAUAAAAAUUAUUUAGGUCAGAUUUCUGAAAGCACUAAUUUAACACCUAUAUUACAUAUGUAUUUAAAAUGUCAAAAAAUGUUUCAAAUAAUUUAUGAUUAAAAAACCAAAAGAAAAUUAUGUAUCAACACUUACAUAAUAAUAUUUCAAUUAUUAUAAAAUUAUUAUUGUUGGAUAAUUAUUAAUAUAUUAUCGUAUACUCAGUACAUUUUCUUGUAUGUUUCCUUGUCUUCAAAACCCUGAUAUAAUUUGAAAUUAUUAUUAUAAUAUUAUUUAGGCAAUAGCUAUAUAGGGUAACUCAAAAAGUAAAUCGUUAAGUUUCUAAUUUUUUUGAAGUUUAAACAAAUUAUUUUUCAUGGAAAAAUUGGUAAUUUUAUUUAAAUUUGUUUUGAAGUUUAUAAUAAUUUAAUUUGUUUUCACUAUCACCACAAAAUUAUACCAAUUGAUUCACCCAAUCAUUCUAUGAAAAAUAAUUAGUAAAUAUUUGUUACACUAAAAUUUUAUUUGAAAAUAUAUUUAUACAUUUGUCAUCACGGAUUUUGUGGAAAAAAAAAACUAAUUUUUUUUUUAGUUUAAAAAAAAUAAAUAAGAUAGUAUGAGCCUUUUGUUAUUAUUUCAAAAAAAAAAAUGUAUAAUAUUGAGCAGAACUAAAGUUCAAUUGAAUUUUUCAAAUCUGCGUGGUUUACAACAAAAUUUCACAUACUUAUUUGUUUAACAUUAUGUUUUUAAUUAUAGGAAUAAUUUGUCUAAUAGCACUAAUGUUAUACACUGUCCGUUUAAUAAGUACCAUACAAUGGCACCUAAAAAAUUCAAUUUGCAUUUGUUAAAAUGUCCGGAUAGAAAACCAAAUUUCAAACAUUGUUUUUAUAAUGACCAGCAUGUAAUGCAUAAAUCAGAGUUGGAAGUAAAAUAUCAGUCAAUAUUAUUUUUUUGAAUUUUAUUAUAUUAUAUUCAAACUUAUAUUUAGAAACACGAAGAAAAUUGUCCCAAUCGUAUUUUAAUGGAUCAGUACUUAUACCAAUCAAAAGACGCAAAGCGUCCAAAUAUUACUGUAUCGGCUGAACCUCCAUCACAAUGUGAUGAAGAGGAAUCAUGGAAUCAAGUAUGCAUUCAUAAAAAAUUGAGUAAUAAAUAUAAUAGAUUAAAUUAUUUUAUAAUCGUUGGAUUAGCUAUUUUAAACAUUCCAUUUCACGUUCGGUAUAGCCUGCUAUUAUGCAGAUAUUUUAAGUACCUACAUUAAAUAUUGAUAAUUCGUUUAAUUUCUAGCCGGCUGCUAAUAAAAUAAAUGUCAUUGAAACAAUUAAAAAUGUACCUAAUUUUAUGAAACCGAAUUCUGAAAUGACUAGAUCCGAACGCAAGAAAAAUAAAAAAAGUAAUGGUUGCAAUAUCAAUUUGGCUUAUGAUCAAUAUAAAACUAUAAAUGAAGUAAGUGUACACACUCAAAUAUUAUUCUCACAUUUUGAUUAUACAAAUACUUUAAUUAUCUAUUUGGUAUAGAGGAGGGUCAACACAUGGUUAAUUGUGAAAUAAAUAAAUAAUAUUUUAUUUCUGAUUAUUAAAUAUUUAAAUACUCUAUAAUUGUAUACCAAUUCAAAGGUGAAAAGUUGAAAUAAAUAGGUUAUUCAUAAUUUAAAAUUUAUUGAUAAUUGUUCUUUACUCUUAUUUCUAGAAAGUUAUAGUAAAAUGAACUUUGGAUAUAAUAAUAUAAUUAUUUCCAAAUAUUCAUAUUUUAAUCAAUAGAUUUUAACGUUAACAUUAACUAGACAUAUAUGGCUAAUUAACCAAAAUAAUCUGACUAGUCAAAAGCCUAACUUUAGUUUAGAUGUUUUAUUUUUUUUGUAACUAACUUUUAAAAUUAUUGUUUUAGAGAUUAACCGAAGCUGCAGGCAGUAGCUCAAAAGUACGUAUUACUUAAAACUAGAUUAUAUUUAUUUCACUUAAAGGAAAUUAAAUUUAUUAAAAAAAAAACAACAUAUUUCUAAAUUUUAUUUACUAAAUUUUGUGAAAUAGCAAUGCUUUUACAAUUUUCGUUAAUGCUUUAUUAUAAAAUUAUUUUACUAGUAUAUUACGCUCAAAUGUUUUGGUUUUUAAUAUUAGUUAAUCCUAUAAUAAAUCUCUUAAUGAAAUGUAGAAUAAUUUAAAUUGUUUUCAUUACUAGUACUAAAUAAUAACAAACUAUUCGAAUUUGUCAAUGAUAAAAAAUCCGAUAAUAAUAUUUUUAUACUUUAUAAAAUUAUUGAAAUUGGGUAUUACAUAAUUAAUAAAUAUUUGUAACACGGACAUUUUGUUUUAAAAUAUAAUGGUAUAAUGACUUUUGGAUAUUGUAAAAAAAUUACGAUUUUGUUAAAUUUAGUAUAAAAAAAAUUUAAUUAUUAUACGUAAUUACGCUUUUUUUUUUUUUCAUGCAAUUUUUAGAAAAUAAUAAAAAAUUUUGAAAUAAUCGCAUUUGAAUAAUUUUUUAUUAAAUUAAUAAUAAUGGUAUUUAAUUAAAAAGUAUUGACGCUCUAAAAACAUUAAUAUCUUUUUCUGUUAAAAUCAAUGUUUCCAGAAAUAAUACUAAUAUAGUUUAUCACAUUUUUAAACAGUUCUACAUAAUCUUAUUAUAAUAUAUAUUAAUAUCCAAUUUUUUAAAAAUGAUAUAUUAUUUAAUAUUAUAUUCUGAUCAUUAUUUUUUUUUUUUUAAAUACUAUAAAAUGUGUAAAGAAAAAACAUUUAAUAAUGCCUAUCUCUUUUUUUUUUUUAGUCCAACGUGAACAAUUGAAAGAACCAAGAAAAUUGUAUACAAUUUAUAUUUUAAUGACAGUUUUUUUUUCCAUUUUCACAAUAUAUUUAAAGUAUAAUGUAUUUAAAUAAAAAAAACUUAAUACAAUUAUGAUUUAUGUAAUAUUUGUCACUAGG